GGUGCGCGGUAUUAAAAUUAUUUAAUUAUGUUUAGUUUUGAAAAAAUUCAUUAAUAAUUAAUAAGAGAAAAUAUUUCAUAUUAUAUAACAUGUUCAAUAUUGAAAUAAAAUUUUAAUUAAUUAAAUUUUAAUUUAUAAAAAGUAAAAUUAAGAAAAUAAUCAUGAAAUUCGUGAAUUUUAUAAAUCUUGUAUGGAUGCUCGUGAUUUUAAAUAGUGUAAUUGGAGAACAAAUUUUGUCAAUAUCAAUACCUGAAUCUUAUUCACCUAUAGGAGAAAGACAAGAUAAAGGAAAAGUUGAUCCAAAAUUAGAUUUAGAAAAUUCAGAUGAAGAACAAUCAUCAACACCAAGUAAUAUACCAUCUUCAAAACAUCCAAAAGGUAGUGGUAGUAGUGGAACAAGUGGUAUUCAAGGAAAACCAUCAUCACCAAAAAUUCAAGGAGUACGUGUUACAGUUGAUACUGGUCCAAAUGGUAAAUCAGAUUCAUCCGGUAGUAAAGAAAGUGUUGAAAUACUUGAACCGAAGAAAGGAAAACGUGUUGGAAUACAUACAGAUAUAACAUUUGAAAUUUCAGAUGAUAGUGACACUGGUAAUUCAACAUAUCCAAAAGAUAAAGAUGCUGAUGAUGCUGAUAUUCCAAUAUUUAAAGGUCGUGAUAGUUCAACACAUCGUCCAAGAAGACCAUAUGAUCCAAAACAAGAUCAUCAUUGGAAUAAUGAUCAACCACCACAACGACAUCAUAGUAGUGGACCAAAUUUUAAUGAUGGGAAUAGAAAUAAUUAUUAUCCGGGUUAUUCAUUAACAAAUGAUCAAGAAUAUUAUCAUAGUGGUGUUAGUGGAUUAAGUGGUGGUGGAAGAGUUGGUUAUCGUACUGAUAACACUAAUAAUCGAAGAGAUAAUAAUGGUUGGACUGGUUAUAUACCAAUGACAAAUAUAUGGACAACAGAACGUGCAUAUUAUUCGGGUGGUUUUAAAACAUAUGAAGGACCACAAUGGAAACCAUGUUAUUGUAUAUCAAAUGAUGGUAGAAAUCGUCGUCAAAGUCGUAUCGGAUAUUUAAAAGUUGAUGAUAAAUUAGAUUUACCAUAUUCAAGUAAAAGGAAUAAAUGAUUUUAAUAAUUAUAGUUAAGCAAUAUAAA